CUGUACCAAAGAUGUCUGCGCCCUGGAAAGUUUGUGCAUGCUUUUAGUUAUUAGCGAGAUUCACAGAUAAAGAUUAUGGAUGAUAAAACGUCGAAGAAUUCAAAAGUUUUGAUGGAUAUCAAUCCUGAUGCAAGAGAUACAAAACUGAUUGUAAACAAAGAUAUCAGGACAUUAGAAGACCUCAGAAAAAACUUUAAUCCAGUGCAGAGUUCAGUUCUGAGUCAGGUGAGAGAUUUCCUGCCAAAGUUAGCUACAGCGAAUGAAGACUUACAGAGAAGACUUGAAGCUGAUCCCGAUUAUUCUGCUGAUAUAGAACAGUUAGAUGAUGCAGAAGCUCCACAUAUAGAAAUGAAUUUAGCUUUGAUGGAAGCAGAGUACAGUAGUGAUGAUGACAGUGUGGACUCUGACACCUCGAGUGAUGAUUCCAGUGAUGAUAACAAUGAUGAUUCAAUGUGUGGAGAAGUGAAUGAGAACAAUAUUAAAAUGCCAAAAGAAGGGGUCAUAAACAAACAUGGUAAACAACUUAUACAGGUAGUGGAUAGAGACAAUGCUAGUGUUCCAGAAGGUUCUUUAAAUGAUCCGAUGAUAACACCUGACGAAGGAACAUAUACCUGAAAACUAGAUCAGCCAGUUUGUGAAUUCAUUCCAUGAAAAGACAAGAGAAGUAUGCCUGCUUUGCAGGAUGUAGUAUGACCCAUUGCUGGCAGUGGUAUAUUUGAAGGGUAGUUUGACAUUUUAUAUGUGACAUGAUAUCCAAGCCUGGCUAGCAUUGUACUGGAAUGUUUACACAUGUGUGUAUUCUUAAUGACUCUGUGGUAAAC